UGUCUCCGUUCAAAGGCAGACUUCAACCGAGUUGGAACAGAACUUGGAAUGGUUGAUCCCCUCAUUCCCACGGUAGAUCUCUCAACUUUCUUUCGGGAAGAUGAUGAGGAUGGCAAGAGGAUGGCCAUGGAAAUCAUUACCAAGGCCUGUUCUGAGCAUGGUUUCUUCCAAAUUGUGAACCAUGGCGUGCCCAUAAAUUUGUUGCAACGGGCGCUUGAGCUGUCAAUGAUUUUCUUUGAGUAUCCAGCUGAAGAGAAACUCAAAAGUAGUCCAGCGUCUGAUGCACCUCUUCCAGCAGGAUACAGCAUGCAGCCCCAACACUCGACUGACAAGAAUGAGUAUCUAUUGAUGUUUCCACCAGGGUCUAGCUUCAAUGUUUUGCCUGAUAACCCACCUGAAUUCAAGCAAGUUUUGGAAGAUGUUUUCUCCAACUUGACAAAAACAGGUGUGCUUUUAGAGAGCAUAGUAAAUCAGUGCUUUGGUCUCCCUGCCAAUUUCCUCAGAGAAUUCAAUCAUGAUAGGAGCUGGGAUUUAAUGGCAGCACUUCGUUACUUCCCAGCUACUGAAACUGAGAACAAUGGAAUAAAAGAACAUGAAGAUUCCAAUAUCCUCAGCUUCGUGUUCCAGGACGAAGCUGGUGGUCUAGAAGUUUGCAAGGACGGGGAAUGGAUUCCUGUAAUCCCUGCAAAAGGCACAUUGGUGGUCAAUAUAGGCGAUGUUAUUCAGGUAUUGAGCAACAACAAAUUCAAGAGCGCAACUCACAGAGUGGUGAGGCCUAAAGGGAGAAGCCGCUAUUCGUUUGCCUUCUUCUAUAACUUGCAGGCAGAGAAAUGGCUUGAACCACUGCCACAGUUCAGUAAAGACAUUGGGGAGCCACCUAAAUACAGAGGAUUCCAAUACAAUGAAUACCUGCAGCUGAGAGUGAGGAACAAGACUCAUCCACCCAGUAGACCUGAAGAUGAAAUUCGCAUCACCCAUUAUAAAAUUAAUACUUAGCUGGAAUACUACUAGUAUGAUAUCAAUGUUCACUCUGUAAUCUUUUUCAAUUUCCAUUGCCAGGCAAUAAAACUUGAAUAAGUGUGAAGUUGAGGGCCUUGACAUUGUGAUGAUCCAGGGUAUUUGUAAUGUUUCGAUUUGGAAGUAGUAAGUAUGAUUAGUCAUAUCUUGUACAAAUUACGUUAUCUGCAAAACAUCAUUUACUAUAAGUUCUAUAAAUGAAAGUUAAGUUUUUGAUUGAACACUAUAAAAUGAAAUCUAAUAUGGAUAGGCAUCCGGGACAUAUAUAACUCACAUAGUUCAUAUAAUCAUUCUUAAGAAAUAUCAUUCUAACAGAUUUAAAAUUCAAAUCCCUUUCCAAUUUCCAAGCUAUGGCUUCCUGUGUAAAAGGAUUUAA